UGAUAUGCUAGUGGCCAUAGAACGGUUUCACAUCCAGACGGAACCUCGAACUUCACCCGCCUGGCUGUUCGAGAAAACGACGCGACGUGAGACGCGUCAGAAAAUAGACACAUAGUCAAUUCCACUAUCACACCUUUCAGCUUCGAACUGUCCAAAGAGGCACUUAAGCCACGUCGAAAACAUGCCCAUGUACGGUGACUUGGGUAACAAACUGGUCCAGCAUGCCAAGAGGACACAGAACUUGAGCCAUCUUCCACCUUAUCAGACCGAGCUUGUCCGUGCAGUGGCCCGAGAAAUCCGGGAUCUUGACAAAGACGUCGCCAGUUUACUUGAACCUUUCCAGGGGUCAUUUGAUCCUUCCGCCGAACAGGCCACCGCGUGCACGCUGCUGGUCAACCACCUUUCAAUGCGAAGGAACAAGCGCUGUCUGCUCGCCUAUCACCGAAUCCGAACAGACAAGCUCGAGGAGCUGGUGUGGAAUGGAGCCGAUAUCCUCGACCUUGCCGGCCAGACGACAGGAGGGCCCAAGGGCGUGACGGAGGGCAAUGAAGGGGGCGGGACCACCAGCAGUCUUAGUCCCCAGGAAGAGGAUUAUUUUCGACAGUUUGGAGAUUUGUUGGCCCUCUACAAAGGCCAAUGGACGGAUAUCGAUCUCACAGGCAGUCUCGAACCCCCACGAGACCUUUUUAUCGACGUCCGAGUGUUGAAGGAUGCGGGCGAGAUCCAAACCGAAUAUGGGGCGAUCAACCUGACAAAGAACAGUCAAUUCUAUGUCCGGCAAGGAGAUGUGGAGCGUCUGAUUGUGCAGGGAUAUUUGCAAAAGCUGGGUUGAACAAUAUCGACCUGGCAUCGAUGAUUUGAGACCGGAGCUUGUUGCUGCAGACCAGCAAUGGAAAACUGCUAUCGGCAGCGGUUGCCGACAGGUUGACAGACCCCUCGCUCUUUCCUGACCAUUGACGGCGUGGCGCCUUCCGAACAGUACCGGAGAGGGAGUGACGGACUCAAUGGCUUCGACCAGAAGCCAUAUGCAAUGGUCAUUGAUCAGCAGCUAGAUGUUGGAGGGAGCGCAAAGGACCGACUCAAAAGGGUUGCGCCGCACACACAGAGCUGACCAGUCCUUGUACUACGACGACGGCCAAAGGUGACUUCAACCAAAUAUUUUGAGUCUCUGUGGGGCAAGGAGUUACCAUCUACUUUUUCUCAAUGGCUGGACCAUUGAUGAAGGUUUGAGAAGUGCUUGCAUCGACAAGGGACCAUGAGCCCACAACCAGACGGUAGCACAGUUUGUAAGUUGCGGGAAGGAUGAGGGAAAGGUUACUUUGACGGCCAGACCAUUGAUUCAGGAACCCACACGGAAUUGCCGCGGUGGACGACGGCCGAACGUCGAGGCUGGAGUGACAGCCAGCAAGGGGUUUCACAAGGCCCUUCAAAUUUUUUCACCAACCAGUGGCCAAGUUUUCUGGCAUGGCAACACUGUGUUUGUGGCGGCUGAUAACAUCCUUUUUUCAGUAUAUUGUUUCGUUGAUGGCAGAUACUGAGAAUCAACCCGAGUAAAGAGAAGAGGUACUGACUAGUCCUUGAUUUGUCAAACUACAGCUAAUAGGGCCCAUCUGAAGAAGGCGAUAAGAACAGUCAUAGGGUUAUGUAAACUUUUGACCGUUAUUGCCGUGUGCUCGCUGUCAGUCUGUCACACGUGGAGCUGAAUG